UUUUUUUUUUUUUUUUUUUUUUUUUUUUUUCUGCUUCCUCAUUUGUAAUUUUUUUUGGUUCGAUAUCUCUGUUUCGCUCUCUGUUUUGUAACCGUGUCUGGGAAAACCGAGUGAGGUCGAAGAAUGGAGUUUACAGAUUUCUCAAAGACGAGUUAUUACUACCCGUCGUCGCAAGGUGUUUGGGAUUUCGGAGAUUUAGCGGCGGCGGAGAGGAACAACUCCUUAGGGUUUAUGGAGUUAUUAGGUUCUCAACCUCAACCUCAUCAUUACGAUUUCGCUACUACUACUGUUUCCCCUCAUUCUCUCCUUUCGACGAAGCUGUCUUCUCCUGUUUCAACCAUCCUUCAAGCAGCAGCUCCUCCACCGUCUGAUAAAGCGUCGUCAAAGGUGGAAUCUUUUUGCUCGGAUCAGUUCUCGAUUAAUCCACCGGCGACUCCUAACUCGUCCUCGAUUUCUUCUGCUUCGAGCGAGGCCGUUAAUGAAGAGAAACCAAAACGAGAAGACAACCAAGAAGAAGAAGAAGAAGAAGAAGAGAAGAGUCAUCAUCAUCCUAAGAAACAGUUGAAAGCAAAGAAGAAUAAUAAUCAAAAGAGACAGAGAGAGGCAAGAGUCGCAUUCAUGACAAAGAGUGAGGUUGAUCAUCUCGAAGAUGGCUACCGCUGGCGAAAAUAUGGUCAAAAAGCUGUCAAAAACAGUCCUUUUCCCAGGAGUUACUACCGUUGCACAACGACUUCAUGUAACGUGAAGAAGAGAGUAGAGCGAUCAUUCAGAGAUCCAAGCACUGUAGUUACGACCUACGAAGGUCAGCACACACACAUUAGUCCACGCACGUCUCGUCCUAUCUCCACUGGUGCUGGUUUCUACGGAUCAUCUGGAGCUGCUUCCAAUCUCGGUAAUGGUGGUUGCUUUGGCUUUCCUUUAGAGACCUCCACGUUAAUCUCCCCUCAGUUCCAACAGCUUGUCCAUUACCACCAACAACAGCAGCAACAAGAACUCUUGUCUUGUUUUGGAGGAGUCGGCGAGUACCUUAAUACCCACGCUAAUGAGUUUGGUGAUGAUGACGAUCGUGUGAAAAGGAGUCGAGGUUUGGUUAAUAAAGAUAAUGGACUUCUUCAAGAUGUUGUUCCAUCUCAUAUGCUCAAGGAAGAGUAGUAGUAUAUAUAAGUCUUUUAGUAUUGUAAUUCACAUCUAGGUUUUCUUAGAAUGUAUAAUUGUCUAAUAGAAACGGAUCUUUCGUUCUCUUGAAGGGGAUGUUUUCUUGUGGAUCUACUAAAAUAGUAAGGUACUUAUAAGAUUUUUUCACCAUGGAA